GAGUGACAGCCGCGAGCCGCUAGCCAAGAUGAAGGCCCAAGCGGCGAGGAUUGCCCAGCUCGAGGCCGACAACAUGGCGCUCAAGAGCGCGCUGUACAAGCUCCACGCUCAUGCCGAGCAGCAACAGGCGCUCUCGGGCGAGAACGCCGACGUCGAUGCGCUCUCGCAGUCGAUCGUCGGCGAGUUCCAGGCCAGGGUCCAAUCCGAGGCCGAGCACGACAUGCUCGCCACAAAGUACGCGACGGCAGUGGCCCAGAUCAAGGAUCUUGGUCGCCUGCAGAUGGAGCUCGAGGUUGAGUUUUCGGCGGCUUUGGAGGCUGUGGCGAGCGCGUCUGGUGAGGCGCGUGUGGAGGCGCUUGCCGACGCGCAGUCGCGGCUGGCGGCGGCGCGCACCGAGGCUGCGUCGCGCCGGGUGGCCAUGCGUCUGGCCCGGCAGGAGGCUGUGCUGCUCGAGGCUGAUGGUCAGAGCGGAAGCAAGCAGAUGGCUGCAGUUGAGGCCGGCGCUCUGCUCGAGGCCCGCGAGGCACAGCUUUCUGAGUACCAGGAGGAGGCCGGCCAGGCCCAGGCGCACAUUGCUAUUCUGCAGUCAAACGUCAAGGCGCUCAAGCGGCAGCUCGAGGCGUCGGAGCGGCGUAGCGUGGCUACAAAUGCCAUGAUCGAGAUGCUGCAGACGCAACUUGCCGAGCGCGAUGUCGAGCUGGCGGCCGCUCACAGUGCAACGAAGUCGUCGGACACCGCCGCGCCGGACGUGGUGACCAAGCUCCGCGCCCGGGUCUCUGAGCUCGAGGCUAUGCUUGUGUCCAAAAAUGUGGCGAUUCGCCAGCUGACGGCGGCGGCAGCGCCGGCUGCUGCGGCGGCACUGUCGAUGGUGGCCGGGCCCGAACCGGGUGAGAUGGAGUGCGGAGAUGCUUGCGAGGGUGUGCAUGAUGAGAAUACGGAGACCCGGCCGUCGUCGCCUCAAGCCGACGCUGCCGUCGAUCCAUCGACAGCAGUGCUCAUCUCGCAUGCACUUGAGCCUGCGCUCUUGUCCCCGGAUCCGCACGCCGAGCUCCGGCGGCGGCUGCGCGAGCGCCGCGCGUUUUCCGACUCGGACUCGGACUCGGACUCGGACUCGGAGUACUCGGACGGCGACGAGACGUUUGUGAGCCCAGCUUUCCGGUACCUGAUGCAAGACUGCGUGUCGCUGCUCGAGUCGAGGUACGAGUUUGGCGAGCGGCUGGCAGCCAACGAGGACAACGCUGUGUUCCGGGCUCGGCAUCGGGCGACGGGCGCCGAGGUAGCGGUCAAGAUUCUUGACGAGGUCGAGCCGGGCGCACAAGUCAAGGAAGUAGUGUGCCUGCAGCAGGUCCAGGGCCACCGCAACGUGCAGCGGCUGAUAGAGCACGUGCCGCUGCCGCAGCAGCGGUGCAUGGCGAUUGUGACCGAGUACAUUGCCGACGGGCCUGUCGAUGUGCGCGACCCGAGCGCGGUCCAAGGCUACCUCCACGACCUGCUUUCUGCAGUGGCGCACUGUCACUCGCGGAGCAUCAUGAACCGCGACAUCAAGCCGGCCAAUGUGAUGUACGAUCCGCAGGCACGGCGCGUGGUGCUCAUCGACUUUGACUGCGCAACCCGGUUCUCAGCGAGCCGGCUGCCGCGGUCGCGGGUCGGAACCGACGGCUUCUUUGCGCCCGAGAUCGACAAGUCGCACAAGACCCACGGCCGGCGGCGUUACGGGCCGGCGGUCGACAUCUGGUGCGUCGGCAUGACCUUUGGCAACAUCCUCUUCCGCGGCCUCAUCGAGGGCCGCUCCACCCUGUACUACAAGGACCUCACCCGCAUUCUCACCGAGAUCGACUCUUGGGGCCCAGAGCACCAGCUCCUCAUGGCGAUGCUCGAGCUAUCGCCUGCCAAGCGCAUUACCGCCCCCGCCGCGCUUGCCCACCCAUACUUUGCCGGCUUUGAUGCCAAGCACCCCUAGAAACGCCUUCUCAAUACACCA